GUUAGGUUAAAAUGUAGUUAGGUUAAAAUGUCUACUUUUGGUUCUUUCAGAUUGGAGCGCUGCUGUAACUGUGACUACAUCACAGUAUACGAUGGUUCUUCCACUGAUCAUCCUCAGCUGGGAAAGGUCUGCUUCAAUGACACAUCACACCAGGUGUUUCACUCUUCUUCACAUUACUUGACUGUUGUCUUCAGGAGUGACUCCUCUGGUGUCAGCCAUGGUUUUAAGGCCCUGUUUACAAGCUCUCUGACUGAAGAUCAAGGUCGUGUGGAUUGUUCCUCAGACAACAUGGUCAUUGCCAUUCAGAGAUCUUACCUGAAUUCACUUGGGUUGAAUGGAAAUGACCUUUAUGUGGACGACCAUCUUUGCAGACCCACUAUUAGCAGUACUGAAAUUGUUUUCAGCUUCCCACUUAAUGCAUGUGGAACCGCCAAACAGACGAUGAAUGGUUAUGUGUCCUACACCAACAAUGUGCGGGCCUCUCAAUCUCAGUCAGGUGAAAUCUCUCAUCAGUCACAAUUCCUGCUACGCGUGGGCUGCCGAAUGGAGCCAGACACCAUGGUGCAGAUAUUCUACAAGGCCAAGGAGAUCAUCAAUGCCAACAUCACAGGAACGGGCCGCUUCAAUGCCAGCAUAGCCUUCUACACAUCCAGCAGUUUCAAUCAACAAAUUUACGACUCUCUGUAUGAAGUUAACUUGAAUCAGCUUCUGUAUGUUCAGGUUGCGCUAAACAGGCCUGACAACAGUUUGGAUCUCUUCCUGGACACCUGUGUAGCGUCUCCAAAUCCCAAUGACUUCAAAGAUCGCUCCUAUGACCUGCUGCGUAAUGGAUGUCCCAGAGACAACACAUAUUAUUCCUACACCAGCGGUCAACACUAUUAUGCUCAGUUCAGUUUCCGAGCUUUCAAGUUCCUCCGAACUCAUGCCUAUGUGUACCUGCAGUGUAAGGUGAUCAUCUGCCCUGAUAACGAUUACAACUCUCGCUGCCGCCAAGGUUGUCGCUUCCGUCGCAAGAGAUCCCUUGACAGCACCUACCACACCAAUACUGUUAGGCUGGGGCCAAUCAAACUCAAAGGAAUUGUGUGAAGGAGUCUGAAGGGUCAAAGGAAUGAAGGGAUCAUCUCAAUCAUAACCUUAUUCAUUACUGUUGAUCAAUCUUAAUUACCCAGCAAAUUAAACUUAAUA